AUGAAGUCAAGGCAGAAUAGCGAUGUCUCCUCCUUCACAAUCGAAGACGAUACGGCUAGAGAAGACGAUGCUUGGUGGUAUAAAGGAAUGAACACGCUGUUUCUGACGCAGUCUGGAGAACGUCGUUUUGUUGGAACCGCUUCAUCGACCUACCUUGCACAAAAACUCAGUCCAUCUCCAGGAAACAAUCUGUCCUGGGAUGUUCAUCCGAUGUAUAAGGAUCCUUCUUCGCUUCGGCGUCCCAAAAGCCCUGUGCCACCGCAACUGCCACCCUACGAAUUCGCCAGACGCCUUUUCGCCGCGCAAUAUAUCUACAUAGGAACAAUAUUCUCCUUCCUACAGCCCCAUACCUUUGAAGCGCGACUCCAGCAAAUCUACAGCCGUGCUCCCAACUUGGAGAACAGGGAGGAAUGUCUUGCCUACUGCCAGAUCUUGCUGAUAUUUGCUUAUGGGCAAAUGUACUCUGUCAAUCAGUGGUCUGGAACUGACGGACCUCCUGGAUUCUCUUAUUUCAAGCACGCAUUGUGGUUGCUCCCGGAUAUUCACCAGGAAGGCUCGAUUCUGUUUGUGGAGGUUCUGGGUCUUCUUGCUCCAUACUUGCAAAACCUGAACAGAAGAGAUGCUGCCUUUCUGUACAUAGGCCUGGCGGUGCGAAUGGCCAUUUCUUUAGGACUCCACCAAGAAGUUGAUGAGUCGGGAAUGGAUAUGGUCGAGCGAGAACACCGCCGGAGGGUAUGGUGGUCUGUCUACAGCAUGGACAGAAUUCUGUCAGUCAAAUCUGGAAAUCCAAUAUCCAUCCACGAUGAAGAUAUUGAUGUCGCCCUGCCGGCCCCAAUUCCAGGGGUCGAUCCCGAUCUGUCUCCUCCAAGAGUGUUAGCGCAUUACACUCAAUUGUCAAGGAUUCUGGGUAGAAUCGGGGAAAGCAUAUACCGCAAAAAGAGUAGGUCAGGGACGAGUCUUCUUGCUUCGGUUCAGAGUAUCAUGAACGAUCUGUCGGAAUGGCUGAAACAUGUGCCAUCCGAACUUCAGAUCGACUUCACAGCAUUGAACGGUCCUCUAUCAAGGGAAGCUGUGUCUACAUUCCUUCAUUAUUACCAGUGUAUCAACAUGACAGCACGUCCGCUGUUGCUGUACGUCAUUCAAAGCAGGCUCGAGGCCCUGGCCAAUGGGACUGCCCCUGUGAGCUGGAAGGAUGGACUGUCCGCCAACGUUGUGGCAGUGAUUGACAAUACCAUUGCUGCUGCUCGUGCCAGCAGUAUGAUUAUGAGCGCUGCAGCCCGGCAGAACAUUUUUGCAACGUAUGGUUUCAUGGACGGCGAACACGCCUUUUCCGCAUCUCUGAUCUUGGUCAUGGUCAACGUUGCCUUUCCGUACAAUGAGAGAGACGAGAAGGCCAUGGAGGCCGCACUUUUUGUUCUCCAAAGUAUGGCGGAGAAAGGCAACGAGUAUAUCCAAGCUCGACUGUCACUCUUACUAAACCUUCGAGCUUCAAUCGGACCCCGAGCUUCGACCUACAGGAAUCAGCUACAAACACCAGUUGGGUUGCCGGAUCACCAGUUAGGAGAACCGAAUCUAGGGCUACAAUAUGCGAGCUUUCCCUUCGUUAGCCAAAUUACUCUGCCCGACACGAGCCCCCAGCUUGACGUGCAUUUCCAACCCUUGCAGGACGUUGCUCUCGAUCUGGAAACGGAGGACGACCCUACGUUUUGGGAAGAGAUACGAAAAAAUAUCAACAUGGACAUAGACAGCACUGUCUGGAUCGAGGAUACUCUGCGCAACGAGGCAUAUUAUUUGCAGCACAACAUGUAG